GGCAACUUCCUGUGUAGUGGAGACCCGGAAAAGAACAUGCGGUCAUGCGCAGUGUUCUUCAAAAUGUCGACCCAAAUGUUGAGCACGGUCUUAUUUCACAUAUAGCGUAAUGACUCAGAUACAAGACAAAUGCGCUUUUUCACUUGGGUAAAAGUAUUUUAGAAAACAGGUAAUAUCGUGUUUAUGCAAAUCGUGGCCAAUAUCAUGACCUCUCAAAGUGAUAUCGGACCUGCUUUGCCCCCAAGCUUUAAAAAUGCUUCCGAUUCUGACGACGAAAGUGACUUUGCCGGUCCUGCCUUGCCUCCCGGUUACAAACGAGGUGAACAGUCCAGCUCGUCCGAUGAAAGUGAAGUGGUCGUCAAAAGAGUCAAGACCGCACACUUGUGUGAAGACAAACAUGUCGUGGUGAAGAAGACAAAGACUGACGAAGAUGACGGCUUCUUUGGACCAGCAUUACCUCCAGGUUUUAGCAAGAAACAGAGUUCGCCAGAGAGGCCACCUGUGCUGGGCCCAGCUUUGCCUCCUGGAUUUCGCCGUGCAGAAUAUGAUGACAAUGAUGGAGAUGAGGAGGGUUUGCCAGGUCCUGCAUUACCUCCAGACUACAAGGCUGACUCCUUCACCAGUGAGGAUGAGGAGGAUGAUAUUAUUGGACCCAUGCCGUCCAAGUGUCCAGUUCAAAACACGGUGGCUCUGGACAUUGAACGCAGGGCACGAAUGAUGAAAGAUAAGCUGACCAAAGUUGAUGCUCCUGAGGUCCCAACCCGAGAGACUUGGAUGACAGAACUUCCACCAGAACUACAACACAUUGGGUUGGGAGCUCGUAGUUUCAAGAAGAGGUCCGGUCCGGAGAUGGGUGACCGCUCCAUUUGGACAGAUACACCUGCUGACACAGAGCGCAAGGCCACGGAGCGCAUUGAGAGAAAGAAAAAGGGUGAGGCUGAGAAAGCUUCUGCUCCACAAAUUUCUCAAAAGGAUUUGGAAAUGGCAGAUAAGGUGUCAAAAUAUAAUAAAACUAAACGCUCAGAAUCUCUGAUGAGUUUGCAUAGCAAGACUAUGAAGGAGAAAGCAAAGCAGGAGAGAGACAAGCCGGUGGAGAGGAGAGCGUUUGAUCGGGAAACUGACCUGCAGGUCAACCGCUUCGAUGAUGCGCAGAAGCAGCGACUGCUGAAGAAAUCUCAGGAACUGAACACACGCUUCUCUCACAGCAAUGAUAGAAUGUUCCUGUAAGGACAGUGUUUACAGUAAAAUGUCCUGCAUACAGUGCGGUGAAAAAGUUUUGGCACCUUUCUCAAAUUUGUAAAUUUUUGCAGUUUCCCCACUUGAAGAUCGACAAACAACUAUAUUAGACAAAUACAUUUUUUCUACACAUGGCCAGGUAACCUCAAAUAGUUUUUCUCUACCUUAAACUGUUUUAAAAACGGCAUUUGAAGUUCAUUUGGGUUAUAUUUGUCAGAUAUUUGUACUUUUUUUUAAUGAUGAUCUUCAAAAUUUAAUUGGGGAAACUAUGCAAAACCAUAAUUUUAAAAUACUUUUUCACAGCACUCCAUAAAUGGACAAUUAUAUGGAAGAUAGAGCUACAAGCAGAUGGAGUUUGCAUUGUUUUAUUCUAAAUAUUACUUUCCUCUUGUAAUUUCAUGUACAAUAUGAUUGUAAAUAAAACUUUUACAUUCUGCUAUUAAGGUGGAAACAAUUACGAAUGUAGUUUAAAAUUGUUCUCCUGUACUCAAAGGAUAAUUGUAAGCAGCCUUUUCACAUUUGUAUUAUAAAAUAUAAACAGCAAACUAAUUGUAAGUUCUAAAAAUGCAAGUUCACCCUUUGCUGUAAUCACAUUUUUGAAAAGUUUUUCAUAGGUCUGAACAAUAAGUAUAAAGUAUUAUUCAUUCAAAUGGAAAAAGUGGUUAAAUACAGCUGCACACCCAAAUAAUUUGCAUAGAAGUCGGACAUCCACAAUAAAGCGAUUAAAAAAAAAAAAAAGUUCAUAACCAAAAGACUGAUCCCCCUAAAAAG